UAUCAACAGAUAAAAAAGAGAUCGAUGGGAAAUAAUAAAAAACAGAUAAAAGGUAAUGAAUCGACGGUGUACUUUUCGGAAGAAAUUGUUGAAGAAAUACUAUCACGACUCCCCGUGCAUUCUCUGUUCCGAUUCAAGGCCGUAUCCAAAUCAUGGAACACUUUAAUCUCUUCCCCGAGUUUCGCCGAAUCGUACCUCAACAACUACGGCAAUAGCAACAACUUCGUUCUACUCGCCUUCGACCAAACCACCCGAAAGUGGAAACUAUCGUUUACCACGUUCGGCACAUCGUCGCCGUCGGAAUUGACAACCGUAGCCGUUGGUGACGGCGGCGGCGGGCGUGCGGACGAAAAAUUUAUCGAAUUACCAACGAUGCUGGAGAAGACGAGGAGGAUCAAAGAGAAAAUCAUCGGCCCGUUUAACGGUUUCAUCUGCAUCUACCGGAUUCUCGGGAUGCCCAGGAUGGGGGGAAUCACCCUCUGCAACCCUAAUCUCCGUACAACCGAGACUCUCCCGAUCUGCACCGUUACCGACAACGAAUUCAGUUUCAGAACAUCCGUCAUACGAAGCAUGGGAUUCGGUCUAGAUUCCGUCACCAAAGAAAUAAAACUAGUACAAAUUUUGUCUUAUAUUUUUCGGUUCAAGGAUGCGAUCAAGAAAGGAAUCCGCGUGGAUAUCUACUCCCCGAGCAACAAGACAUGGAGACAUGUACCCGACGACGAUGCUGCUACGUCGGACACUUUUAUCUCCCGCGCAAUCGGGUCGUACGAGGAUGGUUCGUUUGCUCAUUGGAUCGAUAACAAUCAAAGUGUCGUACUAUCUUUCGACAUGCAGAAAGAGGUCUUUGUGAGGACCCCGAUCCCGAUCGAGUACGAUCAAUUUAAACAUAAGGUGAAGAUUUUUGCCAAGGGCAGUAGCUCGCUCGUUCUAUUCGCGUACCCACGAGAACGGGUUACGGGAAAAAAUUACUUGUUCGAAAGAUGGGAGUUGAAGGGUUUAAAGCACUGGACUCGGUUGACGCGUGUCGGACCCUUUUUAGGUGUGACGAAGCCCGUCGGGGCUUUGUGGAGAAGCCGUGUAAUUGUUGUGAGGGGGAAAACUAAGCUCGUUUUCUACGAUUAUUCGACUCAACAAGUAAGAAGAAUUUACGACAUGGAGGGAAACGAUUACCACCUCAACUGCAGCGAUCUCAUCAAAGUUCUCGAGUAUAAGGGGAUUCUACUUUAGAUGUAUAUAUUAUAUACAGUUAAACGUCUUACGGUUGGGAUUACCAAAAUUCUAUUAAUUUAGUGAAAUAUUAGAUUAUCGAACUAUUGAUUUUAACUGAGUUGGGGCCAGAAGAAGUUAUUAAUUUAUCGAAUAUUAAUUUAUCGUAGUUCUCAAAAGAACGAGUUUACUUUUGCUUGUCUCAAAGUCUUAUUUUUAAUGGUGAGAGGGCCAAAAUAUUUUAUUCCAUUUGAGAAAAGUCCGCACCAAUUUCUAGUCACUAUUUUUUCCAGUUUUGCUCCCGCUCGCCACGUCAUCAUUGUGUCAAGCGCCCACAUUUACAUAGUGUCAAUAAUUAUUAAAUUAUAACUGAUAGGAUGCCCAAGACAUGUUAAGCAUAUUGACCCCCAUUUACAAUAUCUAUUUAUAUAUAUGGGAAGGUUCAGUUUGAACCCCUAAAUUAUGGGGUAAAUACCCCGUAACAUCAGGAGCUAUGAUAGCCGGCGCGUAGGUAGGUGUGGCGGCACUGGUGCGUUGAUCGAAGAGCUCCGAACCACUAAUACGGGAAACGUUGAUCGAAGCGACAAAGGAAAACGUGAUAAAAUCGCCUGGGCCUGGCCAGACUGUUGUUGUAUGUGAUCAAAACAAGACAUAUUGCUCCACUCACUUCAAUUUUUUCUGUUGUUUUUAGUGAUCUAAUUGCACUUUCUCGAUUUUUCUUAU